UGAAACUGGCGUUGUAUAUCCUGCUGGGAGUGUCAUUGCUGUGUGUCGUUACCUCAUCCAUGCUUAUCCAUGGUGUUAGGAGGAAGCGACGUGGUCUCCUCCUGCCUUACAUUGUUCAGGAAGUUAUCAACAUCAUCAUCUUCAUUGUCUUGAUCAUUGGAACUUUGGUUAUAGUUGGUACUCAUCAGAUUAUUGUCUCUGCAGUCGUUGGAGUUAUAGGAGGAAUUUUGAUUCAUCUUUACUUCAUGCUUGUCGUCAUCUCUCAAUACCAAGCUCUUGGGCUCAUUCGCAUGCAUGAGGAGAUCAUUUUCAAGAAAUUUACAAAACAUUCAGUAUUUCUCUCCAGUGAACCUCAUGAUAAUUAG